AUGGCAGUUGAUCCUAAAGAUAUAGCAACAUUAACGCCCAAAUUUCUUUCAACGUUAUAUAAACAUUUUAAAAAUGAAGUGCCCGAUUCCAACUGGGACUUGAAACUUCACAUUAGUGUCAUAAUGUUGAAAAGCUUUUUAGAACGUAGUAGACACAAAACAAUAGAGAGACAACAAAAAUUGUCAAAAGCUCAUAUGCCCUCGCCACCUUCCAUAGCCGUAAAAAAAAAUUUUAUUCCUGAAACUUGUCGUUCACAAGCUGAAGAUAUAAUGUCGGGAUUGUUGAGCGGUAAGGAAGAAAAAAUUGGUUGGAGAUGGAAGGAGGAUAUAUGCAAGCAACAACCAAUAAAAGCAGAAUGGGUUGAGGCCAAAAAUAGAAAAAAAAUCACUACAGUCGACCGAGUGAUACUUUAUAUACACGGUGGAGCCUAUUUUUUAGGUAGCGCCGCUCAACACAGAUUUCUGAUACAAAAAGUUGUUAAAGCAAGUGCAGCCAGAGCCUUCAGUGUUGAUUAUAGGUUAGCACCACAAUCACCUUUUCCAGCUGCUUUGGUAGAUAUGUUGGCAGCUUAUUUGUAUUUAAUCCAACCUCCUACUGAUGCUGGAUUCGAACCUAUAAAUCCACAAAAUAUUGUCGUGAUGGGUGACUCAGCUGGUGGUGGUUUAACCAUAGCUCUUUUAAUGGUGCUUAGAGAUGCUGGGCUUCCACAACCGGUUGGUGGAGUAUGUUGGUCUCCAUGGGUCGAUCUUUAUCAUUCUUUACCAUCUAUAUUUGAUAAUUCAACAACUGAUUAUAUUCCAAAUGGAUUUGUGCAUAAAGCAUCGCCGGCUAAUCCAAUUAAGGAUUAUACCGAUGUUCAACAAAGAUUAGACAGAAUCCAAUAUUACGCAUACAACUCUGCCUUAGAUCUUCCAUAUGUUAGUCCAAUAAUGGCUGAUGAUUUAGGUGGAUUAGGUCAACUCUAUAUUACGUGUGGCAAUGGAGAAAGAUUACUCGAACUCAAUAUUUUCGAAGCAAUGCCACAUGUGUUUCAAUUAUUUAUAUUUCACCCAUCAUCAAUUAGUUCUAUACAAAGAACUGGUGCUUUUAUACGCAAGGCUAUUCCUGAAAAAACUGUUGCUGUCUACAACAGUUUUAGUAAUAAGAAUUUUUCACCAUUACUACCACUACUACUACCACCAUCAUCAUUAUUGGUUUCUUCGAAUAUUAGUAGAGAUAUUCCAUUAUUAAAUACCUUUCCAAUUGAUGAGAUUGAUGAUUUGGAAGAAGAUAUUAGUGAAUUCUUUGUAAGUAAAUAUAUAGAUUGUAAAGGUGUUUGUAAAACUAAGAAUCACAUUUUAGAUGAGGUAACACUGCAUGAUUGGUUAAAUAGGUUGGGUAAAUUGCCGGAUUUUAGUUUACAUCCUGAAUUCCUAGAAUUAUAA